AUGGGUACAUUCAAAGUAUGGACCAGAUGGCGUCCUUUGGACCUGACAAAAUCCGAGGGAGAAAUUGAGAGAGAAUACAGCCAGAGCAAUUCACACUCAUCUAUCUCUAUAACAUCACCCCUACAAACUAGAGCGGUGUCGGGUCGAGAAAAGUCAUGGAAGAGUGGACCUUCAUUUGAUGGUAUCAUCGAACAUGCAGAAAACAACCGGCUAGUGUUCAAUCGCGUUGUCGCCCCGAUCAUUCCAGACGUAUUACAAGGCAAAUCAUGCAACUUCUUUGCGUAUGGCCACUCAGGGAGCGGCAAGUCUCAUACUAUGAUAGGAUACGAUUUUGAGCACAAUGAGGAAUUCGGUCUUUGUCUAGCUGCUGCCCGCCAACUUGGAACUGCCCUGGAUGGCAUUAAUGCAAAGGAUAGCAUACACCGAUUUGGCAUUGGUCUUCGAGUCUUCGAGUUACGCAAAAAUAUCGCGUUCGAUUUACUCAACGAGCGAAAUGAAUGCUUUGUGCGCGAGGGUUCGGAUGGCAGGGUCUAUAUCCGCGGAGAAACUGAAAUCCUAGACAACGGGAUAGUAAGGGUUCGGCCAAUUGCUACCAAGCCGUGUUGGAGCUUUGAAGAACUGCGCCAGGAACUACAGGAAGCCUUGAAGCACCGCAAGACUGCCACAUCGACUGUUCACGACCAAAGCUCGCGAACCCAUGCUGUCAUCGAACUGGAGAUCAUUACCAAGGAUCUCCUCGAUGCACGCGACAAAGUCGUUGAGCGGCAAUCAGAACUUGUCCCUGUUGGUAAACACGCAACAGACGUGUACAUUGAAGAACAGUCUCGCGCGGUCAUCCAAACCGAAGGGGGUAAAUUUGUUCCUAAUCCUGACUAUCAAGUGGAUCAAACUCGAAUCGAUGCCGCCGAGGCUAUAAAAACGGAGUUUGAAUGCCGCGUGAAAGAAGCAGAAGAGCAUGAGUCCCAUGUGAUUACUUCAACAGCUGCUGUGCAUCAAUGCGUUGGUGGAAAGCUCGUCUUCGUGGAUCUAGCCGGUGCCGAAUUUCUCUCUAGCACUACUGGUCCUGCGUUGAAGCAAACUGCCCAGGAAAAACAAGAAGGAAAACAGAUCAACACAGAUCUCCUCGCAUUGAAGGAAGUGAUUCGAGCCAGAUCACUUGGACAAUCGCGUAUCCCUUACCGUUCCUCUCCCUUGACCAUGGUGCUACGCGGACAUUUCAAAUCAUCAGCAGAUACCCAUUCAGCAAUGAUCUUGACUGUGUCACCGGAGGCAAAUCAAUACAUGGCGACGACAAAUACCUUGAAGUAUGGAGAUUUAGUGGGCUCAGCAAAUAAAAAUAGAAAAUAG